CGUCCUGCUCAGACCCCUGCAGGAUUGUUCUGUUGGAGAGCAUCCCUGAAGGCCUGACGUUUAACUCCAGCACCCCCCACCCCUCCAUCUACCAGGCCUGGCUCAACCUGAUGGCCGAGGCCCGCAGCAGCGUGGACAUCGCCUCCUUCUAUUGGACGCUUACUAACAAAGACACUGGCACUCAUGAGCCGUCAGCCAAUAAGGGUGAGACUGUUCUAAAAACACUAGCUAAACUCUCCGGGAAGGUGUCAGUUCGUAUCGCAGUGAACACACCACAGCACAGUCAGCCGCAGGACGACCUCCGACUGCUCAACGCCUCAGGUGACACUUUUGCUUUGUACCAACGAGUCGAGACAAACGUUUCAGCUGUUGGGUCUACAACUGUAGUUCUUGUUUUUUUAAGACGACAUUUAGCUUGAAUUUGAGAGCUGACAGUGUAAGAGCCAGAAUCUGUAUUUGUUUCAGAAAAUAACCAAAUGGGUUUGUUUUAUGUUUUAUCUAACAUCACUUGUCAUAUACACUCACUGGCCACUUUUUGUAGGUACACCUGUUUAACUGCUCGUUAACGCAAAUAUCUAAUCAGCCAAUCACAUGGCAGAAACUCAAUGCACUUAGGCAUGAAGACAUCAUCAAGACGACCUGGUGAAGUUCAAACAGAGCAUCAGAACGGGGGAAAAAGGAGAUUUAAGUGACUUUGAACGGGGCAUGGUUGUUGGUGCCAGACGGACUGGUCUGAGUAUUUCAGAAACUGCUGAUCGACUGGGAUUUUCACACACAACCAUCUAUAGGGUUUACAGACAAUGGUCCGAAAAGGGGGAAAUAUCCAGUGAGCGGCAGUUCUCUGGGAGAAAAUGCCCUAUUGAUGCCAGAAGUCAGAGGAGAAAGGCCAGACUGGUUCAAGGUGAUAGAAAGGCAACAGUUACUCAAUUAACCACUAGAUACAACCAAGGUAUGCAUAAGACCCUCUCUGAACCUCAACACGUGGAACCCUGAAGCAGAUGGGCUACAGCAGCAGAAGACCCCACCGGGGGACCCUCCUGUCAGAUAGGAACAGGAAACUGAGGCUACAAUUCACACGGGCUCACCAAAAUUGGACAAUAAAAGAUUGAAAAAAAUGUUGCCUGGUCUGAUGAGUCUCGAAUUCUGCAGCGACAUGUGGACGGUAGGGUCAACUUUGGCGUAAACAACAUGAGCAUGGAUCCAUCCCGCUUUGUAUCAACGGUUCACGCUGGUGUUAUGGUGUGGGGGGUAUUUUCUUGGCAUACUUAGUACCAAUUGAGCAUGGUUUAAACGCAACAGCCUACCAGAGUGUUGCUGCUGACUAUGUCCAUCCCUUUAUGACCACAGUGUACCCAUCUUUUGGUGGCUACUUCCAGCAGGAUAACGCCAUGUCUCGAAUAUCUAAUUAUCUCCAACUGGUUUCUUGAACAUGACUUCA